CGCAGUUCAUUUGAGAAUAAGCAAGUUUUAACGAUGUUCCCAUUCGUCGUGAUCGCCGCGUGCAUUCUCUCGACCGCUUUUGCGGGUGGGCAUUUCCAGUACGGAGGCCAUUACAAAGGCCAUCUCGGAGGUGAAUCAGUUGCCACUCGACAACAGGAUGAUUAUGGCAAUUACGAGUUCAAAUAUGAUAUUAAGGACGACUAUGGAAAUGUGAGAGGACGGCAAGAGAAGGGCUCGCACGGCCAAAUCGUAGGGUCGUACUACCUUGGCGAGAUUGACGGAAGGCACCGCAGCGUUGAAUACCAGGCCGACAAGCUGGGCUUCAGGGCUAAUGUUAAGACAAACGAGCCCGGCACGAAGACCAGCGAGCCCGCAUUCGCUCCUUAUUACAACAAACACUAUGGAAUGUCCAUUCCCUCGGGAUCCAUCCAAGUUCCUCACGAAUACGGUUAUGGUCACGCCGAUCUUGGUCAGGGGACCGCUCUCGCAGCGCAUGGGUAUUAAGAUAGAUACUAGAAUAUUUAUUUUUAUUAAUACUGAAUUAUUGUCUUUCACUGUGUUAUGUAGUAGCAUCGUUCAUAGCACUCGUUAGCUAUUGCUUUUGAUGCUGAUUUCAACAUGCUGAAUCUACGCUGUACGUUCAGCUCAGCGCUGCGAGUUGAUCUGUUUGGAAUUACAGAUUUUCAUCCGAAGUGUAUAGCCUGACACCCUGAACAUGUUACAAAAUAUGUUCAGGGUGUCAGUGAAUAAUUUUUCCGAUUACAUCGAGUACAUAAUUUAAUAUCAAUAAAGCUUAAAUUUUAGAAUUAUUAUUCCAAUUAUUAGUAUUAAUGUAAGUGGAAAGCGUCUUUGCGAAAAAAAUUCCGAUUUUAAAAAAUCGAUUUUAUAAUUAAACACUAUUGUAUGCAUGUUAAAAUUGUUCUUAAAGAAAAAUACAUAAAAGUAAACCGUAGCGGCACAACAACGUUUGUAGGCCAGGACAAAUUUCUCCUUAAUUUAGGUCUUUUCGCAAAGAUGAUUUGGUCUUUUAAACUGUGAAAAGUAUCCAGACAAUCUAGACAAAGGCCAUUGAUACCUAGCUAAUACGAAAAUACGUAACGGGCGUAAGAUAGUUUAGUACAGAGCUUAGGCAGUGAUAGUUUUACUUCUAAUCGGAUUGCCGACUGAACUCAAUAACUGUAAGGCUUACCAUGAAAAAAUCAGUUUCGUUACCAGCCGUUUUUGGAAUCAGUCUAAAUUUAAGGUUGGCAUCGUUUAAUAUCUUAUUUUUUUCUCAAUUGCAACAUUUUCUCUAUCAUAUCUAGGUAUUAGCAACCUACUGCUCAUGUACCGCUAUCGUGCCAUGUUAUUUUGAUGAUGAAAUUGUCGCAUAUUUUAAUUAAAGUAACAUGCUGUUAAUCUAUUUGUUAAUCUAUUAACUUUUUUUCUGUUUUUACUUUAGUGUCCAAGAAAUCAUUUAGAAUUAAAGAGCAAAUAUUAGAUUCAACACAUCGUGCCGCUAAUGAAUUUACAAAUUGCGAAUGUUAGAUCAUGUUGGAAAACCAAAGACAGCUGUUUGCUUUGUAAAAAUAACGCAUGUCACCCAUAUCAUGAUAGAUGAUUAUCAAUACAUACACAACACAAAAUUACCUUUUUUAAAAAUAUCUAUCCUAGGCACAUAGAAGUAAAAUUAGGAAAAAACAAGACUGUCACGCAAAGCUUUGUCUUAAAUAUAGAAA